AUGGGAGGUCCCCCAGAAAGUAUUCUACGCCGCAUCAAAGAAGGGGAUUUACUUCUACAGCUGUCACUGAAACCCGAGAUGCGCUUCCGAUAUGUUUUCCCAUACGUUAGCGAGAUGCCGGCUCACUUGUAUCGCCCCGACAACCCCUACAUCGAGUCUUGUAUCUAUGAGUGGUCUGCAUUGCAACGCAGUGGCUUUGAGAUGUCAACAUGCACCAACAAACGCACAACCGACUCACCGAGAAGCUCGUCCUCACCUGAACCCAGACCAGAGAGCAUAUAUCUUAUGCCAUUCCAUGCCGCCGAAAUCAUUGAGCCACUGCUUAACGACAUUUUCCCCUCGAAGUGGACAGUGGUUUGCACAGAUGACGUAUUGAUGCGAAGGCUUAUCGCGGCCUGGCUGUCAGCAGAGUAUCAAUGGAUAGUUGUCUUGCAGAAGGACUGUUUUCCCCAAGACAUGGCGCAUGGCCCCGGCCGCCGGGGCUGCUGCUCCUCUCUUCUGGUCAACGCGGUCCUGGCCAAUGCUAGCUAUUGGAGUCCUCACAACCUUGCCUACCAGUUCUUGGCUGAGGCCAAGAGACUGUGGGAACUAGAGAGCGACACUCCAAGAUUAACCACGAUUCAGGCUGCGAUCCUGGGGGCAUACUGCAUACUAAUUUAUAAAUGGGCAGUAGAGAUGGCGACCCAAAUUGGGUUGUUAUCACCACCAAGAGACUCCUUCCUGGACGGCCCCGUGAACGGAAAGCAGAGAAGAAAGACAUUGUCGAGGAACUUCACUGCUUGGGCAUUGUUCAAUUUCCAGGCGCUUCAUGUUUAUAUUCUGUUUGAACCACCUCUCAUCAAAAAGCCCCCCGAUGUUCCGCUCCCUGAUCCUGCAACCAAUCCGGAAUGGUAUGGCCAGAUUUGGUUGAAGUACCCAGGAGACAGCAAACUACACACAACACAUUUCCCUUACCAGUUCCAGGCUCAGUGCCAAGUUCGCGUCACCAUGAACGACAUGUGGAUGGAGCGGUUUGGCUCGUCCCGACAGAGUUCGCCUGAGGGAGGUACCACCAUGCUUCCGUCAACCCAGCUGGAGCAAACCACCGAGUUCUACGCUCGACUUAAGGCGUGGUUUGAUUCCUUGCCUGACCCUCUAACUCCCCCGAGGAUUGUUUUUCCAAGCCAGAUUCUCCUGCACUCAAACUACCAAAAUAUCCUUGCCAAUCGUUACGAGUCUAUCACACCGACGUCCUCUAAUGUGGAGAUGACAAACACCAUCAAGCAAGCCGCUUCCUGCAACUUUGAAACUUUACUCCGCUUCUAUUACCUACGCCACGGCUUUAGCUACGGAGACCAGUUUCUUGUCCAGCCAUUAAACACUCUUGGCUUUUGGUCCCUGAGCAAGGUCCAUGCCAUUGUCUCCCAGAAUCAUGAGAUACACGAAGAGAACAAUAGCGAGCUGAAAGCAACCCAAUCCACGCCCCUGCUGGCAGCCAAAGGCCUCUAUGAGCAAUCGGCUUCAUUUUAUCUCGAUCGCCUCACCCUUCAACUACUCCGCUCCAAGAUGCGACCACAGGAAAGAAAUUUGCUUGAGAGCGAGGUACUCUUUUACGACCGUGAUUACGCGGGCCAUCAUCUUCCAGGCAAUCAGCACGACAAUAGAAUCAAAAGCGAAGAAAACAACAAAAAGAAAGACGGCCAGGCCGGUUCCCAAACUGUUAGCGAUCGGGCUGGCGAUAACAAGGAUCAAGGAUCGACCGAGAAAGAACCAAUUCGGGAAGUGAGGAGCAAGUGGGUGGUCACGGUCAGGAGCGUGGACGAUGAUCCUGAGAUCCACAGGCUGCAGAAACUGGUCAAGGAUAAUCUGAAAUUAGAUGAGACUGUCGAGUGGUCUGAUGAGGAUGAGGGAGCGUUUUAUUGA